AUGAGUAUGAAAGGGAGAGAGGUUGCCAUGGAUGAAGAGCAUGAACACAGACAGACACCACUCUUUACUCCAAGAGAGCAUGAAGGAGACUUAGAAGAAAUUAGGAACUUCAAGCAACUUGCAAGGGAGACGUUAAAGGAAAAGAAGAAUCUAUGGCAUCUUGCCGGACCGGCGAUCUUCACAUCACUGGCCCAGUAUUCUCUUGGCGCAGUGACGCAAGUGUUUACUGGCCAUCUCACCACCUUAGAGCUUGACGCUGUCUCUACCGAGAACAUGGUCAUUGCUGGCCUUGCCUUCGGUGUCAUGUUGGGCAUGGGAAGUGCACUAGAAACAUUAUGUGGACAAGCAUAUGGAGCAAAGCAGCUACACAUGUUAGGCGUUUACAUGCAACGUUCAUGGGUCAUCCUCAUCAUAACCUCGCUCUUCUUGUUACCCAUCUACUUUUUUGCAACUCCAAUUCUUCGUUUCUUUGGCCAAGACAAUGAGAUUUCGUCACUGGCUGGCAAAUUCUCACUCUACAUGAUCCCACAACUGUUUGCAUACGCUCUCAACUUUCCCAUCCAGAAGUUCUUGCAGGCUCAAAGCAAAGUCAUGGUCAUGGCUUUUGUGUCUGCUCUUGCUCUGCUGUUUCACAUCUUUCUCAGUUGGCUAUUGCUUGUGGUCUUCAAAGUUGGUUUGGUGGGGGCUGCUGUUUCUUUGAACUUAGCAUGGGUGGUUGUGGUGCUUGGCCAGUUUGUGUAUAUUGCGAUGGGCUACUGUCCUGGUGCUUGGAAUGGCUUCAGUUUGGGAGCUUUCAGGGACCUUGUAGCUUUUGCCAGGCUCUCCAUUGCCUCUGGGAUCAUGAUGUGCCUUGAAAUGUGGUUUUAUACAGUCCUUGUCGCCUUGGUAGGUCAGUUGCCUAAUCCACAGGUAGCUGUAGCCGCCAUGUCAAUCUGUAUCAACUUGUUGGGGUGGCAGCUGAUGGUGUUCUUUGGUUUCAACGCUGCAAUCAGUGUAAGGAUAUCUAAUGAACUUGGAGCUGGAAGGCCAAGGGCAGCCAAGUUUUCCAUAAUCGUGGUUAUUCUCUCUUCAGUAGUGAUAGGCCUCAUGUUCUUCAUCACAGUAUUGGUUCUGAGAGAUGUGUAUGGAAUUCCAUUCACUAAUAGCCCUGAAGUUGUGCAUGCUGUCUCUGAUCUUGCUCUUGUCUUUGCUCUCAGUCUCCUUCUCAACAGUGUGCAACCAGUGUUAACAGGAGUGGCAGUAGGAGCUGGAUGGCAGUGGUUGGUGGCUUAUAUUAAUUUGGGAUGUUAUUAUAUGUUUGGCCUUCCGUUUGGGUUCUUAUUGGCUGUGUACUUUGAGUUGGGAGUAAAGGGAAUGUGGAGUGGAAUGCUGGCAGGAGUUGGUUUACAAACAUUGAUUCUCAUUGGUAUCACAUUGAGCACUAAUUGGAAAAACGAGGCUUUAGCAGCUGAAUCAAGAAUACAACUGUGGGGAGGAUUUGUGGAUGAACCGGCAAAAAUCAUUCAAGCACAACUAUUAAUUCCACACGGAGAACAAAGUAUUUGAAGCAUGAUCUCCUAUUAGCAUUCUUGAGUUAUUUCAAAGGACCAAAUGUUUCUCAUGAAAUAUGAAAUAAGUGAGGAUGAUAAAGGGCUUGUUUAU